AUGAGUGGGGAGGAAGACCUUGGACGUGAGGUUGCGACACCGGAAACGGAAGAGAUGGAAAACAGAACACAGGUGAAGAAGCGGGAACGUGGACAGGUCGAGGAGCGGGAACGUGGACAGGUCGAGGAGCGGGAACGUGGACAGGUGGAGGUGUGGGAACGUGGACAGGUCGAGGAGCGGGAACGUGGACAGGUCGAGGAGCGGGAACGUGGACAGGUGGAGGUGCGGGAACGUGGACAGGUCAAGGAGGGGGAACGUGGACAGGUGGAGGUGCGGGAACGUGGACAGGUCGACGAGCGGGAAGUGGGGACAGAUCUCGACACGCCGACGGAGUCCACAGGGGCGCAAGCGCGAGCGCGCAGGCGCAAGCGCGCAGGCGCAAGCGCGCAACGGCGCAGACGCAACGGCGCAGACGCAACGGCGCAGACGCAACGGCGCAGACGCAACGCCUGA